AGUAAUGGAUCAUUUCGGAAGCAUAGACCAAUUAUUUCCAUUUGCUCCAACAUUACACAUGAACUUCUGUGGUCAUUUGUUCUUCAAUCUAUUGUUCAUAUACAAAGGAAAAGAAAUGAAUUUCUGUGGUGGAAAGAAAGAAUUGGACCUUUCACUACAGGGAAGUAUCAUAAAAGAAAUAACCAUGGAGGAAGUUACUUCAAUUUUUGGGAAGACACCCUGGUGGGAAAAAAUUAAGAAUACGAUAAUGCAUUUAAAGUUUAUCCAAUGUCAACGUAGCAGUGAAGUGUCAUUCAUAAAGAAGCUGGAAACAUACCAGAUCUCACCUGCAAGCACAGCCAAAGGAUUUUACAUAAACAUAGAUCGGGAACUCCCAGAAUUCUAUAAGGCUUGGGUCACCUCACUAAUAUUGACCACUGAAUCUGCAACAUGGAGUCAUAUUGUCAUGAACAUUUUCAAACAAGGAAAAUUUACACUCACACCUAAAAUGUCAUCUGAUAUUGCUGCGCUAUUCAGCAGUUGCCCAAAUAUUUUGUCCGCUGAUAUCCCAAACUUUCUGGAGGCCAUCAGCAAACAGAUCAAAGUCCAAGGUGAGGCUGAAGAAUUUCUGAAGAUGGAUGCUCAGACAGCUGCAAGCUGGCUUUUGUCUCAGCAAAGUGGAGAAAGUGGCAAGAAGUUUCAAAGCUUCCUGCAAAAGCACGGCUAUCGAUGUCUCAGAGAAGCUGAACUGUAUGUGAAGUGCUGGGAAGCGGAACCAACCAAGCUUAUUCCAGUCAUCAAGGCAACUUUAAGGAACAAUAACCCUGACACCAAAAAGGCGGACAAGAUUUCAGAGGAAGCCAUUGCUUCCAUAAAGUCAUCACUUUCAAAGUUCCAAAGGUUUAUCCUGCACUUUGCUUUACCAAGUGCCAGAAAAGGGAUCAUUCACAGAGAAUUUGGAAAAGCUGGAGCAAUUAAGAUGACUGACAUUUUUAGAAGAGCCUAUUGGAAACUGGCUACUCUCAUGGUGCAGGAGGGAUUUCUGCCUGAUGAGGACUUGAUUUUCUUCCUAACCCACAUGGAAAUUGGAAAAUUGCUUCUACACAGAUCACCUGCCUUGAUCUCCAGAGCUCAGCGUCGAAGAAGACUACUGGAAAAGCAAAUGCUUUUAAAAUUUAAGGAAUUAAACAAUGGCAAACCUGUUCCAAUUGACAACAGUAGUAAAGCUACUGAGAACACGACAACAGGUCUCAAACUAACAGGUAUGAUAGUGAGUCAAGGAAUUGUGAAGGGAACAGCGCGUGUUGUGGAAACUAGUCUGGAGCUGGACUGCAUUCAACAGGGAGAUAUUUUAAUUACAACAUACACAGAUAUAGGCUGGAGUCCCUACUUCCCCUUGAUAGAAGGACUGAUCACUGAGAUGGGAGGAAUGAUAUCACAUGGUGCUGUAGUAGCACGAGAAUAUGGAAUACCAUGCAUCGUGAGCUGUGCAAAUGCAACAAGCCUGUUGAGAUCAGGUGACAUUGUGAUUCUCAAUGCAGAAGAAGGAUUUGUGGAGAAAGUUGGAGAGUCUGGAAGUACUGAUAGUGUCUAGAAGACCCGGACUUAUUCCAGUCAGGUGCCAAACAUUUCAGUCAGAAUCUAGUUAAAUUAGUAUAUUUUGAGAAAAGAAUCAGUGUGUAGGUGAGGACAGUGCUUUUUACAUAGCUAUUAGUUUGUGAUCUGGAUUGUCUCAGAUGAAAAUGUGGUGAACCAAAUUUAUUUUCUAAAAAGGAAUUGUGAAAUUCAAGUAUCAUGGAAAAGAAAAGCAGAUGUCUUGUUGCCAAAAUGCCGAAGCUUCUGCUUUAAACAACAUACCAAUGGACAAAUCCCUUUAAUUUCUAUAAAGAAACCAUGUGCUGCCUUAAAGAUUUUUUUGGUACUUAUUCAAUUCAACAACUUAUAUGAAUUCUUUAAUAAAAAGGCAACUAAUUAAUACUAUUAUCCAAGUUAAGUUUGGCUUUAGAGGCUACUGUUCUCUUACAGAUAUUCUUUGGGACUUUAUAUAAAGAUCUGGGCUGCCCCCAGAACACUCUAUGCAAAAGAUGCAUUUCACUGUGUGUUUCAAUGUACAUGUGACUAAUAAAUAUAUCUUAUCUUAUUUUUUUUAAACACAAAAGUAGACUAUUGUAAGUUUUCUUGCAACUAACAUCUGAAUGACUUGUGAUAUUACUCCACUUAAGUUGAUAAGCUCACCAUGUGAAACUUGGAAGAUUUUGCCAAUCCCCAUUAGAGGAUGGUAAUACUUUAUUUUGUAAUACUUUGUCUUGUUUCUACUUCCUUGUAAUUUUAACCUUCUAAACUACCCUAACAAUGUAACAUCAAUUGAUGCAAUGUCAAUGUGGAAUUUUGGGAACAGAACCAUCUCCACCCAUUUAUAGAUAGCCAUGUAGGUGUUGCUUUCAAUGAGUAUCUGGUAUGUGAUCAGAGCCAAAGUCUGGGAUGCCAGCAGCCAGGCAGCACGUGUUUUGCUGUGUCUUUCAUAGGAGAGCCACAAGUGAGUUAAGUGCAUAAGCACUACUCUCAAUCACUUGACCUUCAGCAACGAGUCUCUGGUUCAUGUUCUGUACGCUUAACCAUAUUUUCUGCUAAUAAACAGUGCUAGAAUUCAAUUGAAUUGUG